AUGGUGCUCCCACAGUCGCAGCGUACUGCGUCUUCCCGUUCUGGCGCAUGGUCCGGCAAGUUAAGAAACAGGAACAGCAGCGCCGUCUCGCUCACCUCGAGCAGCAACGAAGGUUACGAUGCCGCGGCCUCUCGCGGAACGAGCAUGCAUAACAGCCACAAUGGCUUGUCUCGGAGACAUCAACCCAGUCAAGCCGUUUCUGAAAACUCGACCGAACGAGCCCGAACAUCGACAACCGACGAGUCCAGCGACGCCGAGUAUUCGAGGUCCUCCAUUUUCGGCAGACAACGUGGUUCGUCGGUGUCCAAGAAACAAACCGUGUCACACGAUUCCAGCUUCACCAAGGCCGGAACUGCUUCGACAAAGUCAGGCUCCAGCGGCGUCGGAACCCUCCGAGGUUUGGGUCGUCGGCUAUUCAACCGAUCCAGCUCGAAUCUCAAGCCUGCUGCUUUGCUCACUUCUCGCUCUCAUUCGGCUUCUUCCGAUAGCACACAGGCUCAGUCACCUCCUCUGACUCCGACCACUCCGCCACUGAUUCAGCCCGUCUGGCUGCCCAAUGGUCAAAAGGACUUUUUCGCCAACUUAUCAAGCCUGCCGUCCGGCUUUCAUGGAUCGAGUCAGCCAAUCACCGACUUGCACGCUUCCAGCGGUAUCACUACCGACAUCAGUCCAAAAACGAGGCAAGAGGCUUUCACCGAUCAGCGCCACUCGUACGACUACAGUAGAGAGACCAUUUUUGACGACACUUCAAGCAAUGGACACGGCGUCAGCAACACGUUUUCGCAUACCUACAGCCUCCUUUCCACGUCCUCUGCUCCAAGCGCUACGGCUGCCCUUCCCACUCUCAACAGCAGUAUUGCUCGACGAGAGAUUCCUGCCGUGAUCGAAGAGGAAAGCGACUCAGACUUUUUGCGUGCCGUGCUCAACUUCGGUGAUGGUGAAGACGCGUUGUCUCAGUCUCCUUCUUACAGAGGAGGCAGAGCAGCUCCGCUGCCCAGCCGAUCCAGCUCGUUGGGCCAGAUUUCAGGCAUCGCCUCGAGCCCAUCAUACGCCAACCCCUUCUCUACUGCGCGACCUCCCCUGCAUCGGACGCCCGAUGGUCGCAUGGUGCUGACGCAGGCGGCGGCCAAGGACUUUGCGUCAGAGAAACAAACACCAGGCUACUUACUUGUGCAGCGCAAGUAUCGCAGGGGCUUGUUCGGGAACGAGUCCGAGUCCGAAGACGAGUACGGCGAUGAUGAAGACCUCGGUGAUGACGAGACCACGAUGACCACUCCCUCAAGUCGUGCAACCUCUGCGACCGCUCAGCAACUAAGUCAGAGAGAGAAAUCCAACCGAUUUCCGUCCUCCUUUGCCAAGUCAUCGUCAAGAGCGCAGUCUCCCAGUAACGACAGCUCCACCCACUCUCCUCGACCGCCUGGCCUCGAUUCGGCUGCGAAAAAAGCUCUGUACAAUUGCACGCUGCUCAAAGUGCAUAUGCACCUGGCACCUACACUUGCAGGUGACGCCGAAGCCCGAACGCUCAUUCCCGUCAUUGCGACAGGUGAGGUGUUGUACAACAACGAGGAUCUCAAAUUUCCUCGUUCCAUUAACGGCGCAUCCAGACUUCACAAGCAUACAAGCACGCACGGCUUUGUGCGUAAUCUCCACGUGGCCCUCGCAAGGACUUCGGUGAUGCGUAAACUGCGACGCGAAAGGCUGAGUAUCGAGCAAGAGGUCGAAAUCUCGUGGUUCCAGCGACGCUAUGGCAGUGCCAGCAUCCCUGCAGAGCACAUCUCCAAGGCGCUGAGUCAGAGGCAGAUGGUCAGUCCAGAGGCACUAGCAAAGCCGCCCAUCGCUGCUGCAUCGCACGAUCUAAAUGCCGCCCCUUUGAAAUCAACUACGUCCAAUCGCAGGCUGAGCGGCACCGUUGGUGCGGAAGCCGGCCAGAAGAACGACAAAACUGGCAUUGUCGUGUGGGCACAAAGGCCAAGUUUCCUAGAGAGGACUGUCGAGCUACUGCCGGCGGAUGAGUUUGCUCCGGGCGAGGUGCUCUACUCUGGGGCCAAGCUUGCUCUUCACUCUGGUGCGGCAUCAUCAGCGUCGCCAACGUCGACCAUUUCAUACUCGCCCAGAAUUCGAGUGCUCGCUGACCUUCCUUCCAUUCACGAGGAAAGGCGGAUCAAAUAUCAGCUUGCCCAAAAGCCAAGGCGUGCGUCGCGGCUAGCUUCGGCCAGCGACGGUACCGUGAUGGAAGGAUCCGACUGUCGCACGUCGUCAGCAACUCGAUCCGCCAGAGGGUCGCCGCUCGCCUCACCUUCAAGCAAGCAGAAACGGCUACCACCCUGGAUGGCGCCCCGCAACCCUCACUUGCUCUCGCCUCGAUCCAUGUCACACCUGCACAGCUCUCGAAGUGCUUCGGAAGGUCUUACCGCUUUCAGCACGUUGCAUCAGAACAGCAGCACAUCCUCAAUCCCCAGGGUCAGGGAGACGGAAGAGCCGGGUGCCGACAGCAGCGACGAAGAGGUACCGCUGGCGAACUUGCAAACAUUCCGAGCGCAGCGCAGCGCCGAAAAGGAGAGGAUCCAGAAACUCGAAAAUGAAAUUGCUUUGCUCAGGCUCAGAGAGGGGGAGCGAGACAAGGACGAAGAGGAGCGCAAAGCGAGGGAAGAGGAAGCUAGACGCAUCGAGGCUGAACGAGUCUACGAAGAGCGAAAGGCUGCCUUGGAGGCACGAAGGAUGGAAAAAAACAGGAGGUCGUUGCAAGAGGCUAGGGAGAGGCGCGGGUUUACAAGGCAGUCGGUAUUGCUUGCUGAGCCCAACUAUGGUGCUGGCAAUCCACUGUUGAGCCCGAUCCACAGGUCAAAGCCAGACAGCUCACCAAGUUCGCCAAAUCUUGCCGCCAGUCACGAGCCGAUGAGCCCAGGCGCAAGCAGAGCGAUACAGCACGGUGCAGCGAUGUCUAAGCUGCAGGGAAAUCGCGGCAGUUUGAGAUCAUCGAGCAAUCUGUAUGCGCAGCAAGAGGGACAAAGAAGGUCAAAGACGUCUGUCGUCGCUGCCGCAUCAUCGAUCAUAGAGCACACCGCUCCAGCCAUGACCAGUCCUCGUAUGCAAUCAUCGGUGACCGCGGUCUCUCCUCUUGUCGAGUUGCAUCGUAACUCUUCCAUGGCCAGUCUCACCGCGACAGCUGCUCAGCACAGCUUGUCGCAACGUCGAAGCAUGGUAGCGCUGUCCACGUCACCACAGAUCACGCAACGAAGAACGUCGCUGAAUCCUCUUCCUCUUGGACACUUUCAAGAAGGCGCUAUGCAGUCACAUCCUGCGCAAUCCAUGCAGCAUCUCAGCCCACAUCUGCCCAACCUGCACCACACAACGUCGUUGUUCCAGUUAUCCCCCGCCCUUGCCGAGCCAUCACGGACCAUGCUACCGAACAACCCGACGAGCAAUCUGCUGUCAUCGCAACCAUAUUUGACGGACCCGCGACUAUCGAUGAGCACGACAGAUCUGCGAGCUCAUGCGCAUUUGCUCUCAUCGACAGAUCUGCGAGCUCAUGCGCAUUUGCACCAGGCCCACGCACAGGCCUAUGUGGCGCAGCCAUUCAUGGCUCAGACGGCGAAAGUCAGCUCGAGGAUGAGACCAAGAAUGCCAGCGCCGCUCGUAUCGUUGUACGGCGAUGUGGUGCCGAGUAGUGCUUUGUCAUCACAACAAGCAAAUCGCCGCUGA